AAUGUCAUCCAUCCCACCUUAAUUUUCGUGUCGUUUCAUAGUAACAUUUUCAUUUCAAAGAUUAUUGGCAGUUUGGUGUCGUCAUUGCAAAUUGAAUUAGAAAGCGAAAAAUCUUUGUAAAAGAAACAAGUGUCCAGUUUUAUGAUGUUCGAACAAAGUUGAUGUAACAUAGGUCCAUUGCAAUUUGCAGUAACUAGGUACCUAUCUGUAAGGAAAAGAGAUAUGCUUGACUACCUUAGACUUCGAAGGCUUUAGCUUUCGUAACAUUAGUAAGGUGCUGGAAAAACGCAGACUGAAGAAAAUGUAUGGUGUUAACGGGUCGGAUUACCCCCCAGUUAAGGAGGAGACAUUUUGUAAAUACGUCUUGUAUUACGAGAUAAAUAAUUCGAGGGUUCGCAUCUGGGACUUGAUUAUUUUGAUACCAAAUUUUUUGUUUGUGCUAUUCUUGGUUGUCAGAUUCAAUAAAGCUCAGCUAAAGUUGCGCGCUACAAGUAGCCCUAUUUUCCUCACGUUUUACGCAUUGGUAUGGGGAAACGUGACCAUAAGUUUGGUAAGAUGUGCUGUAUCUAUGACAGUGAAUGCUGCUAUUCCCUUGGGUGGGCUGGUUGAUAAGAUACUAUGGGUAACUGUGAGAUUCUUUCUUCUGGCUACUGAAAUGAGUGUGGUGAUAUUUGGUUUGGCAUUUGGUCAUCUGGAUAGCCGCAGAAGCAUCAGAUAUGUUCUUCUUGCCACAUCACUUAUAUCCUUGGCAUUCACCAUAACACAAGGCACUCUAGAGAUUGUGAUGCCAGAUGACAUGUUUCAUAUUGAGGCUAGGGACUAUGACCUGUUUGGACAUGGUGGCAUGUUGUUUUGGUUCACAUCAUCACUGGUUUUUGCAUUGAUCUACUUCCUGAUACUACUUCUGCCAUGGAUUCCACUCAGAGAUUAUUUGGCUCUACCAACCAAGCUCUCGUUCUACCUGUACGUUCUGCUGUUGGCUCUACUGGACACGACGCAGGCCGUGGGCGCGGGCCUGCUGGCGUGGGGCUCCAUGCAGUCCGGCCUCUGCAUAGUCGAUGUCACCACUUGGAUGUAUUUCUCUUUAUACACCCCGCUUGUGUAUCACACAUUCCUCAGUGAAUUUUUCAGCGUAUCCCAGGCGAGUAUAAUGUUCUCGUACAAGGCUCAAAUGGAUGAGCCGAUAGACGACGACCAGGUGUCUCUGCCGCAUCAGCAGAGCUUCAGCUCCCUCAAGACGGACUCCGAUUAUAUCUACCAGAGCAACAGUGUGUAUGACAGCACACUAUUCGAAGCUGAAGGAACAACUCCAAUGAAUCCACUUUACAGUGCGUCCCUCCAAAGCCCUGACUCCAUAGCGUCCGGACAGUCAUCAGACGCACCCACUUUCGUCAAGAUGGCGUCCACAUAACCACGGAAUUCAACUCCACGCAUCCAAAGAAAAUAAAUAGACUAUGUAAUGAUAGAUUUAUUGAUGCGUUCGCUUGGACGAUUCGACUGUAAUUAUUAGCAAUAUAAAGAUUUUGUUUUAGAAAACUAAAUAAAGAGCAACCUCUGAAACUAUCCGUCUCAUUGUUCGUAACUAACUUUUAGCGAAUGGUAAACUCCGCCACAUUUUAAGCACUUGAAUACAGUAUUUUCUUAAAUGGUCACCUUAUCACUCAAAGCGGCCAAGUGAAUGCACAUGAUAUAGGUAGUUCUACUUAGUUAUAAGAUAGUAACGAGAAUCUCAUUGAAUCAAAACAUUAUAAGUAUCUCAUAUUUUCAUCAAACGUUGUGUUACUUUGUGAUAUUGUAAGCCAGUGAUCAAACGGUAUUACUUGAGACUGUUACAUCCCAAUUUAUGUUAAAAUAUAAUAUUUCUUUUUGUGCAGCGAUUUGUAUAAAUUAUUUAUAAAUAUUUUAAAGGACGGUUACGGCAAUGGAUUAUUAUUUUACGGACAGCAUGAGGCCUUGUUAGCAACUCGAAUGUGUAACCAUUAUCUAGCUCUCGUAGUUUCCCCUAGGAUCUGGGAAGAAGCUGCCAGUCAAUCUUUUCUUUAAAUGUUUGUAUUUAAUUUGAAACAGCCAUAAUAUAUGCAAUGGAUCCAUCCAUAGGUUUAGGCUCAAAUUGUCCAAUUCGCAUGCGAUUAGAUGAUUCGCAAACGAUUUGGUUUUUUGCGGAACUAACAUUUAUAGCUUUGUCGUUUAUUGUAUUGGACAUUUUGAGUCUGUACAUUAGAAUAUUAGGUGUAACAUCUACUUAAAUUUUGUAAAUACCUAGAAUUGUUACUAAUAGAGGCGUGAUUAAGUAAUGUUUUUUUGUUUGUUUUAAAGUAAAUAGUCAUGUCCUGUCAUUUUUCUUACGUAUUGAUAUGAUAUUAUGUAUUGGUUUUUAUUUUCCUGUGAUUUGUUAAAAUUUUUCGCAUUUUUUAUCGAAAUGUUUUAUGAAUGUGCCUAAAACGAUUGGCGUCUUUGUCUUAUUUUAAGUGUAUAUUGUAUUGUAUGUUUAUGCUGAACACAGUGACAGUGUAAUAUGAAUAUAAUAAAUGUAUAUUUAAGUAAUUGAGCCUGGCAAAUUUUGUGAUUUCGUUUGGAAGACUCGGCUGAUUCAAUCAAUUCAUUUAGGUACUUCUUUUUAGCAAUUAUAGUGUAUUAACAUUUUUUCUACUAUAUUACCACGAUACAUACAAAUACUUGCUCAUUUUUAUCUUUUUAAUAACACAGUAUUCCCAUAUUUAUUCAAAUACCUAAGUAUCACUUUGUGAAUAAGCUUGUUUACUUGAGCAUCAAAUAAAGUAUGUAAUUUUAAUUGUUUUUUUAAAUAUAUUAUUGAAAUACACAAAAAUAAACAUAUUUUGUUUGUAUUAACAUAAUUUUUUACAGAAUUAUUUUAUUUGAUGGAACAAUCGCAUCGGUUUUAAAUGAAAUGUGUCACUAUAAAGUUAUUUUUAUGAACCUUACUUUUAAGAUUUAUAAGUGUGCUUUGUCGUAUUUGUCAAUCGCUAAUUAUUUCGCUCAUAAAUAUUAUACCGAGUGAUAAUUCUAAUCUGUAUAUUGCAAUUUGUGUACAUACUGUGAUGGUAUAUCCCAUUUAUAUUAUAUUGUUGUUUUUUUUAUAUUGUUUUAUAUUUGUCGCGGGAGAAAGGCAAAUGGGUGUAACAGCGAAACUAGGCUUUUGAAUUGUAUGUCUUUAAGUGCUGAGUAGAAAUUCAACAGUGUAAAACUAUUUUAUAAUUCGUGAAAUAGUUCUAGAACUAAACUGAGAAUGAGUUUAAUAAAGUUGUGAAUUACUUAUAUAAAAGAAUAUGUGCAUUUUUGUAAGAGAAUUACUAGUCUCGUGAGAUCUUUUCUUUUUGUGAAAUUAUGUUUUGGUUUAUUCGCUUACACAUUGUCAAUUUAACAAUUACAUACUUAUAAUAGAUUUACUGAUAUACACCAUAAUUGUCAAUUUUCCUUUUAAUUGUGAUAGUAAGCGUGGUGAGUCCACGUGAAAUUUUAAGUGAUAUUUUGGUUGAUGGCGUAUUUUUUGUUGUUUUGUCUUAGAGACUUAAAACGAUAAUUC